GCACGGCCUUUCCCCUCUUUGGCCCUCUGUCCUCUGUGCAGCGGGCGUUUCCGGCGAGCCCCGACCCCGCGGUGGGCCCGUCCUUUUCCGCUCGCGGCUGUUAGCUCUGGAGCCGAGUGGAGGCGGCGCGGCCUCGCUGCGGUUGUGUCACUGCCUUCUGCAGGGCAGCGCCGGCGGUUGUUUGCGGGCGCGUUUUGUGGCACGGGAGGGCUCGAACGCUGUCGGCUGCGCUCCGUAACCAGACGUGGGGGUGCGGAGCGGAGCUCAGCUCCUGCCUGAUGCAGGGUUUCCAUCUGUGGAGCGUGUUUGUGCUCAUACGUGCGAGUUGCUGACAUGAUGCAUAGCAAAUACAACCGACUUGCUUGUUAAAGACUGAUAAUCAAAAGCCUGAUAAAUUAGGUUUUGAGAAUUCUUAGCUAUCAACAAAACCUGGCACUUUUCUUCUGCACUUUAUGAAGAAUGAGAGGCACGCUGAAAAUAAAAGGGAGCCCUUCGUAGUUGUAUAAGAAAAGCAGUGAACAGGCUGGUUCCGGUGCUGGCAGUUUGCAAUAAGCAGAGAUACCUCAGCUUGCAGUAGCAAUGGAGGCAGCGUUGCAAACUAUGUGGUAAUUAAAAAUAGACAAAACCAUUCCUUGCAGUACAAGACACUUCCAAUAUUAUUCAAUGCCUCACAUCUCAGAAGAUGAAAAGGAGAAUGGUUCUGGAAACAAUGGAAACACUGAAAAGAAACCUGGGAAAGAAUCCUCAGAAGCUUCUCUUCGUGAUCCUAUAAAGUCGUACUGCAUCUCAGAUGCCUCAACUGUUUCUUUGGUGUCCAGGGGAGAUGGACAUUACCCAUGGGGAUGUCCUGUGACUCAUACACGAGAGAAAUUUUAUACCAUUUGCUCAGACUAUGCUUUUUUAAACAGAGUAACAUCUAUUUGUAAAAGCCCAAGUGCUUCAGUUAGUGCCUGCCUGUCAGGCAGUGCUGCCUUAAAUGUUGGAAAUAACACACCUAGCUUGCUGGGCAUUCAAACUGGUGCUUCAGAGAUAAUCUACAGUGAAGAUGCUAACUUGGAAACCUUGUCUGGCAGCCUUGGAAAGCUUCCGCUGGCAUGGGAAAUUGACAAAUCAGAAUUCAACAGCGUGACUGCGAAUCAUAAAAACAAAGCAGGCAACAUGAAGAAACAAGUGGCAAAGAAAAAGUCCUCGGACAAAAAAAGCAAACAGUACAAGGAGUGCCCUCAGCUCUCUGCUCUUGAAGAUGUGAAGGAAAGGAAAGUGUUGGACCUUCGAAGAUGGUAUUGUAUUAGUCGACCUCAGUACAAGACUUCUUGUGGAAUUUCUUCAUUAGUGUCUUGCUGGAAUUUCUUGUAUAGUACACUGGGGGCUGGCAGUUUACCACCUAUUACUCAAGAAGAAGCUUUGCAUAUAUUGGGUUUUCAACCCCCAUUUGAGGAGAUUAGGUUUGGUCCCUUCACUGGAAAUACGACUUUAAUGAGAUGGUUUAGGCAAAUAAAUGAUCACUUCCAUAUCAAGGGUUGCUCAUAUGUUCUUUAUAAACCUCAUGGAAAGAACAAGACAGCUGGAGAAACUGCUGUGGGGGCCCUUGCAAAGCUAACGCGUGGACUGAAAGAUGAAUCAAUGGCCUACAUCUACCAUUGCCAAAACCACUAUUUUUGUCCAAUUGGAUUUGAAGCAACCCCAGUAAAAGCUAGUAAAGCAUAUAGGUUGCUGGAUUUGGACUCGGGAGACCUGGGUUCGGUUCCCAGUUCAACCACAGACUUCCGUUGUGAUUUUAGAGGUCGUGUUUUGCAGCAAGAAGUAGAAUACUGGAUCUUAAUUGGAGAGCCGAGCAGAAAACAUCCAACAAUACACUGUAAAAGGUGGGCAGAUAUUGUCACUGACCUAAACACCCAAAAUCCAGAGUACCUAGAUAUUCGACACCUAGAGAGAGGACUGCAGCAUCGGAAAACAAAGAAGGUUGGAGGAAAUCUUCAUUGCAUCAUCGCCUUUCAGAGACUUAACUGGCAAAGAUUUGGUCCUUGGAAUAUUCCAUUUGGAAGUGUCAGACAGGAUAAGCAAUCCCUAACACAAGGACAAGGUAUUGCCAAAUCUGAAAGUGAAGACAAUAUCUCUAAAAAACAACAUGGACGACUGGGUCGAUCUUUCAGUGCUGGUUUCCAUCCAGAGUCUACGUGGAAAAAAUCUAGUCUUCGUGAGAGAAGGAACAGCGGGUAUCAGAGCUAUAAUGAUUAUGAUGGAGAUGAUUAGAAUGAACUUCAGGUAAUAGAGUUUAUACAUCAAAGUCAGUUUUAAUCAACACAGAGUAGGGGUUUAUUAGUCCUAGGAUACAUAUGAAUAGAAAAUAUGGUAUAAAAUACAGCUUUGUAAUCCUUAGAUCAGUUAUGAAUUAUACGGUUGCAGUGGAUGGCAUCUGAUACAUGAACUGACAGAUAAGCACAGAUUAUUGUACUUUUGUAAUCAAAAGCAGAUAUGACAGCUAAAUCAAUCACUUACUUUGAAAUGACUAUAUUAUAUCCUGAUCUGUGAGAAUAAAACAGCAGAUUGAAA